CUGGCCGCCGCCGAGAUGGGCAGCGUCCCCCUCGAGGUCCCCGUGGCCGCCGCCGCCCCCGAGCCCCGCGGGGCCGUCAAGCGGGACUACCACCGCCGGAUCUUUGUGAACCGGAGUUUGGCGCUGGAGAAGAUCAAAUGCUUCGGUUUUGAUAUGGACUACACCCUUGCAGUGUACACGUCUCCAGACUACGAGGAGCUGACCUUUCGGCUGCUGCUGGAGCGCCUGGUCUCCAUCGGGUACCCUCCCGAAAUCCUGGCCUAUAAGUACGACCCCGCCUUCCCCACCAGGGGGCUGAUCUUUGACGCCCGGCAUGGGAACCUGCUGAAGGUGGACUCCCACGGCAACCUCCUGGCCUGCGCGCACGGCUUCCACUUCCUCAAGGGGAGUGAAAUCUGGAAUUGCUACCCAAACAAAUUCAUCCAGCGCGACGACACGAAGCGUUUUCAUAUUCUGAACACUUUGUUUAAUUUGACAGAAACCUACCUCUUGGCCUGCCUCGUGGACUUCUUCACCAGUUUCUCCCGAUACGCGAACUGCGAGACUGGCUACAGGCAGGGCAACCUCUUCAUGUCCUUCCGCAGCAUGUUCCAGGAUGUCCGAGAGGCCAUGGAUCACGUUCACCUUUCAGGCUGCCUCAAGGAGAAGAUGCUGCAGAACCUGGAGAAAUAUGUGGUGAAAGAUCCCCGUAUUCCUCUCCUGCUGAGUCGCAUGAAGGACGCCGGGAAGAUGUUUCUCGCCACCAACAGUGACUACAACUACACAGAUGCCAUCAUGACCUACUUACUGGACUUCGGGGAAGGAAACACGGACAAAUCCCAGCGUCGACCGUGGCGCUCUUACUUCGACCUGAUCGUUGUGGACACUCGCAAGCCCCUCUUUUUUGCGGAGGGAACUGUGCUGCGGCAAGUCAACACCGACACGGGGAAGCUGCGGAUUGGGACCUACACGGGAGCACACCAGCACUGCGCGGUCUACUCUGGAGGCUCCUCGGACACGAUAUGUGACCUCCUGGGCGUGAAGGGCAAGGAGAUCCUUUACAUCGGGGACCACAUCUUUGGGGACAUCCUCAAGUCUAAGAAGAGGCAAGGAUGGCGAACGUUCCUGGUGGUCCCGGAAGUGGCGAAGGAGCUGCAAGUGUGGACGGAGAAGAGUGAACUCUUUGACGAGUUGCGGCGCCUGGAUGCGCUCUUGGCUGAACUCUACCCGCACUUGGACAGUGGGAGCAGUGAGUGCCCAGACAUCAGCGCCAUCAAGAAGCAGAUCCAGAAAGUCACCCACGAGAUGGACCUCUGUUACGGGAAGAUGGGAAGCCUUUUCCACUGUGGCUCCCGUCAGACCCUCUUUGCCAACCAGCUGAUGCGUUACGCAGACCUCUAUGCGGCCUCCUUCGUGAACUUCCUCUAUUAUCCUUUCAGCUACGUUUUCCGGGCACCGGCGGCUCUGAUGCCCCAUGAAUCAACAGUGGCGCAUAAAAAAAUGGAGGGCACCGAGAUGGACUUUAUGCGCCAGCUCAGACAGCAGAUGGAAUGAGUUGUACUUGGGAGUCAAGAUAAAUUGCAGCAGUACAAUCAAGAUCACUUCACAUGCAACACAUCCUUAGCCUUUUCAGCUCCCACAAUCCAGUUGAUGGAUGCUUCCACGAUUUAAUUCUCCCUUCUUCCAAAGAUGUAUAUUUUCUUCUAAAAGGCUUAGGAAAGAUUAGAGACGCCCAAUGGCAAAUGCAGCCCCUGCCACCACCCAGGGCCAAAGCAGCCACGUUCUCCAUCUCUCCAGUUGGACCUUUCCCUUCAGUGGGGAGAAAUUCCUGGUUGCAUCCGGUUACCAGGGACACAGCUGGGUCUUCUGGAUGGGAAGGGAAAGGGCAGAACUCAAGUUCCUUAGAGGAUUGUAGCGCAGACCGCUGGAGAAAGAAUUGACCGUGUCUUCUGCUUCUUCCCUCAUCUGGGUUGAACCCACAACUCUACACUUCCAGGUGGUUUGGCCUAUAACCCAUCCCCCCUCCUGACAAAAUAAAUACAUUUGUGUGACGUC